AUGCCAUCAUCGGUGGGCUCCAAGAAGCCACGAAAAGCCGCCUCGAAGACCUCCAAAAAGACACGAUCUAAAGCCACUUUAGAAGACGUGGAUCAGUCCACUCUUGAUGUGGGAGCGUCCGAGAGUCGAAAUACCUUCGGGGAGGGUGGGUUAAAUGGUGAUGAAGAGGGAGCAACGGAAUAUCAGAUGGCGAUGGAGGGGGAUGAGCUUCAGAGACACUCAGAAAACAAGGAGCAUGAAAACAUCGUGACUGGAGGAGCUGAAGAAGCGGAAGACGAUGAAUUUCAACGAAGUAGUAUUGAGGGUCCAGCACCAACGCCUUUGUUGGAGGACGGUUUUAAUGGUGUUUCUCAACCGAACGAUCUGGAAGUGGCACUGAAGAUGGCUCUGGAGCGCCUAGAAAAUAUGCCGAUAGUGGAUUUUUUGCAGAACAUCUCCAAACAAGCUGAUGUUCACGCACAGGCAGUGUCAUCAGCGAAGGAAAUUGCCAACGAUUUUGUUGCCAAUGCCGCGGAUCUAGCUGAAGCUAUGCAAAUGAUCCUGCAGUACGAUCAACUCAUGUUAAAAAAAUUGAACCUCACAAGUCCUUAUGAUUUCGGUGUUAAGCCCAAAACGGUUGAAGAAACUCGAGCAGUAAUGAUUGACCGAGCCCAGAAGAUGUUGGACCUGGGUCAAAUGCAAUACGAUAUGAGUCACCAGAUCAGCAAGACUGCAAGACCACUAGUUGACUUCAGAUUUGAGGCCUGUGACAACUUCAACGCUGUACAGGAAAAGAUAUCAUCUAUCAGGGUGUCUGAAGAGGCGCGAAAAGAAGCUCACUUAACCAAAGUGGCCAAAGAGGAGGUGGAAGCCGAAGCAGCUGAUGAGGCAGCACCAACUGCUGGCGCCGAAGGAACUGAAGGCAGUGCCAAAGCCACUAACCCUACAGAAGGAAACGAUCCAUCGAAAGAUGGCUCUAAGAACGAAGCUAAUCCUACCUCUGGCAAUUAA